UAUCCCAUGAUGCAUUGCGAAAAGAAUAGGUCCCAGUAUUUGUAUCCAUAGAAGGCACCGGUCUCAAUUAUAAACUUAAUCUUCAUACUUCCGUUUUUUUCUCUUUGCUGUAUUUAAUGGGAUGCUGUUUGAGCAAAAUACUGUACUCUUGAAUUGUAGUUUUAAUUCUACGCUUCCCGGCAGUUGUCUGCAAAGUUGAGGAUGUCGUAUCCUCCUCCGCUCAACCGUCAGCAGAUUGGCCUCCCGCCUCCACAGUUUGCGGGGUUUGCCACAACAGUCCCGCCAGGUACCCCCAUGAUCCCGUUACAUAUGGGUGUAGUGGCUCCCACACCCACUGUUCUCCUACCAACCCCUGUUGCCAUAGCACAGAAGCCCAUGACUCUAAAGAAAGAGUCUGGCAUCAUCAGAGCCAAGGACACAGAAGAUGGACCUACAACUACUGUAUUUGUAGGGAACAUCUCUGAAAAGGCAUCUGACAUGUUGGUCAGGCAGCUUCUAGCGAAAUGUGGAAUCGUCUUAAGCUGGAAAAGGGUCCAAGGUGCCUCUGGAAAACUUCAAGCUUUUGGGUUCUGCGAGUAUAAGGAGCCCGAAUCUACACUGCGCGCUCUCAGGCUUCUGCAUGAGUUGCUCUUAGGUGACAAGAAGUUGUUGGUCAAGGUUGAUGCCAAGACCAAGGCCCAGCUGGAUGAAUGGAAAGCCAAGAAGAAAAGUGCCAAUGGGGCAGAAAGUAGUGGGUCAAAGAAUGAAGACGAUGAUGAGGAGGAAGUUCUUGAUGAAGAAACCCUGCGUCGGGAUCAGGUCGUGAAGGGGGCGAUAGACGUCCUCAUCCGAGAGUAUGCUAGUGAGCUCAAUGCUCCCUCACAGGAUCCAGACAGUCAACCUCGCAAGAAGCGGAAAGAGAAGAAAGAGGAGGAGGAUAUCAAUGCGAUGGAGUUGGAGGAUGAUAAGAGAGACCUGAUAUCCAGAGAAAUCAGCAAAUUCAGGGACACACACAAGAAACUGGAAGAGGAAAAAGGAAAGAAAGAGAAGGAGCGACUGGAGCUCGAGAGGGAAAGGAGAGAGAGGGACAAAGAGCGGGAGCGUGAGAGGGAACGCCGCGACCGUGAAAAAGAGAAGGAAAGGGAGAGGGAGAGGGACAAGGAACGGGAGAGAGACAGAGAUCGUGAACGGGAGCGGGAGAGAGACCGAGACCGAGAUCGAGAACGGGAGAGGACGAAAGAGCGAGAGAGAGAGAAGGAGAGGAGUCGAGACGUCAGUAGAGAUCGCAGCAGAUCGAGAGAGAGGGUGAGAGAAGAUAAAACACGAGACCGAGAAGGUGAUGAGGAGGACAUCUACGAACGGAGGAGACUUGAGAGGAGGCUUCGAGACAAAGAGGCAGCUUACCAAGAACGUCUUAAAAAUUGGGAGAUCCGCGAGAGGAAGAAAGGUCGUGACUACAGUAAAGACAUGGAGAGGGAGGAUGAGAGGCGUCGUGAAAUGAUGAAAGAAGCCAAAAGACUGAAAGAAUUUCUUGAAGAUUAUGACGACGACAGAGACGACCCAAAGUACUACAGAGGCAGUGCGUUGCAGAAGCGACUCCGUGACAGAGAAAAGGAAACAGAGUUGGACGAGCGAGACCGGAAGAGGGAGAAGGAGGAGCUGGAGGAGAUCAGACAGAGGCUUCUCGCAGAGGGUCACCCUGACCCUGACGCUGAACUGCAGAGGAUGGAGGAGGAGGCAGAGCGCAGACGACAGCCACCUCUGAAACUAGAACCUGAGGAGGAUAAGAUCCAGGAGAAGGCUCACAGAGAUCGGGAUCAGGAAAAAUCUAGAGGCUCUGGAAAACCGGUGGAACCGCCACCUCGAGGCCCUCGGCAGCAUUCAGAUGAUGAUGUGGAGGAAGGGGAGGAUGACUACCAUGACGGAGAGGAUUCACAAGAUGUCCAGCCACAAGUCAAACCCAUCAUGCGACCAAUCACCACUGCUCCCUCAGUGUCCUCUGCCAGUGGGAAUGCGACUCCAAACACACCUGACAACGAAUCUCCCUGCGGCAUCAUCAUUCCUGGUGAGAACACUCCGGAGGUCCAACCUCCCGAGGAGCAUCGGCCCAAGAUGAGUCUCAGUCUCAAACUGGGUGCCACCAACAGUCCCAGUCAGCCCAACGCUGGAAAACGAAAGAAACUGGUGACAGUGGAAAGUGUCUUCAACAAGUUUGAUGACGAGGAGGCUGAUGAGCAGCCUCGCAAAAGGAAACUGGUUCCGUUAGACUAUGGUGAUGAUGACAAGAGUCUGGGGCUGGACGGGUCGGACAUUUCUGUGGCCAAAAGCAGCAUCAACACUGAGGAGAAACGCAAGCAUAUUAAGAGCCUUAUUGAGAAGAUACCAACUGCCAGACCUGAGCUGUUUUCCUACCCUCUGGACUGGACCAUGGUUGACUCGACUCUGAUGGAUCGCCGCAUUAAACCGUGGAUUAAUAAGAAGAUUAUUGAAUACAUCGGAGAGGAGGAACCCACUCUUGUUGAUUUUGUCUGUUCAAAGGUGAUGGCACACAGCACCCCUCAGGGUAUUCUUGAUGAUGUUGCUAUGGUUCUCGAUGAAGAAGCAGAAGUAUUCAUAGUAAAAAUGUGGAGGCUGUUGAUCUAUGAAACAGAAGCCAAGAAAAUUGGACUGGCGAAAUGAAGACCCUGUAACUACGGGACUGACUUCUUAAGCUCACAGUUCUGCAACCUGCAGUUUUCUGGUCCGGCAGACUGUAAACAUGUGCCCAUGCACCCCUCCAUUCCUUCAACAAGGAGCUGCUGCCUUGGAUAUGUAAGUGUGUUUGUUAGAGACUGUGUGUGUGUGUGCGUGUGCGUGCGCGUGUGUGCGUGCGUGUGUGUGUGUGUGUGUGCUCAAGUGUGUCUUUGUGUUUGGAGUAGAAAGUCUGAGCUGCAAACAGAAAGGGUUUGCAAAAACAACACUGCAUGAUAAAACCUGGGUUGUAUGUUUAUUUCCUCUGAUGCUGUUGUGGCAAACAAUGGUUUAAUUUCUCCAGACAAAUAAGUUAAUCAUAUUCUGCUUUAAUUUCCUGUCAUCACAGUGAGGCACUGCUCCAAUGUGUGAAUUAAUAAAUAUGCUUUUUUAGAA